AUGCUCGCCUUGGAGAACGGGGCGCUCCCCACGGAGUACCGGCUGGCACUGGACUUCACACAGAAACAGUGCCAGCGAUUUGCAGGCCGUGCAGAGAUCCGUCUGCACGCGGUGCGUGAGUGCACGCAGUUUGCGUUGCACGGCAGUGGGCUGGACGUGUCGAUGGCGACGCUGGAUCUGGGCCUGGGCGGCGGCGGCGGCGGUGCGCAGCAGCUGGCCGUCGAGAGCGAUGGCGGCGCGGGCGUGUUGGUGUUCCGUCUGCCGGAGGGCCCUGGUGCCCCCGUGUUUGCAGAGGGCGCCGCCGCGUGGUUGACCGUCGUUUACACGGGCGUUGUCCACAGUGACGGCACGUACGGUGUGUUCUCCGGGGGCCCAGACUGUUUGGCAACCCACGCCCAACCCCGCUGGGCUCGGACAAUAUACCCGUGUAUCGACGAACCCAGUGUCAAGUGUUCGUACACCUUGCAAUUACUUGUACCGCCAAAACACACCGCUGUAUCUGUGUCCCCGGGGGCGUCGUCUUCCCCCGGGGAAUGGCUCUUCGAAAGAACGAAGUUGCUUCCGACAUCGUUGUUUGCGUUUUCAUUCGGUGCUUACGAGAAGAUUAUGACUACAGCGGUUCUACAAGAUGACGUGAAGUGCCCUAUCACGGUGUAUGGCCCCAGGGGCGCUGCCGUGGCUCGUGCGGCGUUUGCAUUGGAUACUAUGCAGAAGUUCCUGCCCCAAUUGGAACAGUUCUUUCAGUGCAAGUAUCCCAAUAAGAAAUGUGAUCUGUUGCUUGUCCCCGCGUUGGAGGAUAAAGUUAUGGAAAAUAGUAGUAUGAUUACUGCAGAGGCCUCCGUGGUCCUGCUUUCCAGUACGCAAUUGGCCUCCCCCGAGGUGCAGUUCCAAAUGCAACAGUUGCUCGUGCAUGAGAUGGUACACCAGUGGGUCGGGUGUCACGUCACUUUUAACUCUUGGGAUCAUCUGUGGUUCGAUGAGGCGUUUGCUACGUGGGUGGCCAACGAUGUAGUGUCAGAGUCGCAGUACUGGUUGGGGGAGCAUUACACGGGUGUCGAACUCCGGGGGACAAUGCUGCAGGAGUACACCGCGGCGGGGAGUGUUGCAUCGUUGUCACGUUCUCGGGCCGGUGACGACAGAUUGCACACUUCACAGUUGUUCGAACCGUUUUGUUACCAGAAGGGGAUUAACAUCUUGAGGAUGUUGCAGAGGGUGCUUGUGGAUGGUGGGCACUGGGGGUUGUUCCAAGAGUCUAUGAAACAGUGGUUUAAGGAUUGUCACAAGGGGAGUGUGGCGCCCAUGGACCUGUGGAAAAUAUCAAGUGACUGUCUCAAGACACAAAACUUGCCCAACUUCAUAUACUCUUGGACCCACUCCCAGGGGUUCCCCCUGGUAACCGUUACAGACACAGCGGGCACAAUCCACAUCGAACAACACGUGUACCCGCCGCUGAAACAUAAAAAUUCAGAGGACGUACCUUACCAUGUGCCCCUGUUUGGCCCCGCGGGGCAGAUUGCCGGGCAGGUGCUCAUGACGGAUAGGUCCCUCGAUGUCAAUAGGGACCAGUUCGCCUGGCUCAAUGACACUGCACAAGGUUACUACAUGGUCUCGUACGAGGAUCCCGCUUUUUACAACACUUUUGUCAGUAUGUUGCAAAGCGGAGGCAUGUCAGAUGAACAAAUGGCACAUAUCGUGCGCGAUAUUAGACAGCUCGCUACAGACGGUGUUGCGAAACAAGUCCAUUUCGAUGGGAUCGUCACGGUGCUUCAAUCAAACAAGGAACUCCCAUUGACCCUCCCAUUGGCGCUAGACACUCUCCUGCUAGCGCCGCUCACCGACAACGUACAGGAACUCGCUUUGAAACUUACUCAAGGUGCCCCCCCCGCACAGACUCGGGCACAACUGCUAGUGCUUUGCAGGAAUGACAAGGGCACAGCAGCGAAGUGCCAGGAGCUCUACGCGAACUUGUUCGGAGGGUCCCGCAACCACAGAACCCCAUUACGUGAACUCAGCGGUGUGCUCGCAGUAGUCGUCGCAAACAUGAAGACGCCCAAUCCAUGGAAGAAACUUGCAGCUCUUGCAACGACAACUGGGGCUACAGCAGUGCUGCCACACAUCGAGUUGCCCCCCGGUAUAGCCCAGACAGAGGCCGUCCACGCCGUGGAGAAUGCGACGCUCGCCUCCAUGGGGUACGUCCAGCAUCCUGACCUCGUGCGCAAACUGCUCAACUACUGCAGCGAACAUAUAGACAGCCGGGGCAUUCAUGUGCCCCUACAGACGAUGGCGCGGCAAUCCCCCGCGGGGUCCGGCGCACAAUCACUCUGGGACUGGUUUAACGGGAACUACGCCAUGUGGAUCAAGAGACACGCUGGUUGGUCACCGGAAACGCCGCAGUUGCUCAGUAUCCUCGACACGGUCAUUGCAGCGAGGGCCACAGCGAACGGGGACCUGCCAAACGCACCGGACCACUGGCCAGCGCAGUGGACAGCCCGUCUCAUCGCCGUUUGA